UGCCAGAUGAGCAACCUGUCCAUCUAACGCAAACAUGACGUGAUUUGACUGCAAUAGGUUAUGUGUAAAUAAAUAAAUUGUUGUCUCUGGCAUAAAUAGCCAUGACAUAACAGGCUGUGGGCAGAAAAGGCGGAGGCCUUUGUGUGUGUAACUUGGGUGACUGACUGACUGAACGGUGAUUUAACGUGUUUAAGCUUGUUUCGCGGUUGUAGACAUAAACAAAAUUGAAAUGGUGGAAAGAAAUGUUAACGGUCAACUGAGUUUUCCCUUUUUGAUUUUAUGCAGAUUUAUAUAAAAUUGCCCGCUUUGCAGCGAGGAAUUAAUAACCAAAUUACUUUGCAGAUUAACAUUUUAUAAGGCUACAAAACUUGUAGCGCUCAGCUCAUACACGGUGAAAACUACUUACACAUUUAUAUACACCUGUAAGUCUAUCAUAGCCUAAUCCGCAACACCUAAUUAUUAAAACCUCGUUACUUUAAGGCCAGUUUUAAUGAGGUAUUUAGAACUGCGGUGCUUCUUCCACUAAACUUGGUGUACCCAUGGGGACAGUUAUGUGUGUGUUUGCGGGCUGGACACACCUCUCCUUCAGGACGCACCCCUCUUUAGAAUAAAGCUUUUCUCCAGCCUUGGCGUGGUGAUCAGGGGUGUUUUGUCGUCGGAGCACACAUCAAGCCCACGGACUUAGAGACCAUGACUGAAGAAACAAUUGGAGGCGCUCCUCCUAGAGAGCCCACACCGAAGGAGAGUCCUGAGGAAGGAGUUCAGCCAAGGGAGAAAUGGGCUAGCAACUUUGAGUUUAUUUUUUCCAUGGCUGGUGAAAUCAUCGGCCUCGGAAAUGUCUGGCGUUUCCCAUAUCUGUGCUACAAGAAUGGAGGAGGUGUCUUCUUCAUACCUUACUUUGUGUUCCUCCUCUUCUGUGGCAUCCCUGUGUUCUUCCUGGAGACGGCAUUGGGCCAGUACACCAGUGAGGGCGGGGUGACUGCCUGGAGGAAGAUUUGCCCCAUGUUCCAGGGGAUCGGCGUAGCGUCCCAAGUGAUUGUGAUCUAUCUGAAUAUCUACUACAUUGUGGUGUUGGCAUGGGGACUCUUCUACUUGUAUAACUCCUUCAAAAGUCCACUGCCUUGGUCCACAUGUGACAAUGAGUGGAACACUGUGUCAUGUCACAGUGAAAUUAGCACCUUUGCCAACUCCCAUUUGUUUAAAAAUGACUCCAGCUGGUCAUUCCUCAACAACUUCACCUUUCCUGACUAUGACAACGUCACUUACAUGGAUGAAAGUUUGGCAUUGAACAGAUCACCAGAAGAGCAGUUUUGGAUUAACCGCGUGUUAAGGCUGUCAGAUGACAUGUCCAUUGCUAAGAUGAACUGGGACCUGGCUUUGUGUCUCCUUCUUGCCUGGGUUUUGUGUUACUUCUGCAUUUGGAAGGGAAUCAAAACCACAGGAAAGGUAGUGUACUUCACUGCUACAUUCCCCUACCUGCUGCUGUUAAUCAUUUUCUUCCGUGGAGUGACACUCCCAGGAGCCGCGGAAGGACUGAAAUAUUACCUUACGCCCGACCUCGCCAAGAUUGCUGAUCCAGAUGUAUGGUUAGAUGCAGGGACUCAGGUGUUCUUCUCCUACGCCGUGUGCCAGGGAGUACUGACCGCUCUGGGGAGCUACAACAAAUACAACUACAACUGCUACAGGGAUUGCUUGGCACUGUGUUGUCUGAACAGUGCCACCAGUAUCUUUGCUGGUUUGGCUGUGUUCUCAGUGCUGGGAUUCAUGGCACAGCAGCUGGGCAUGACGAUGCAAGACGUUGUCAAUGCUGGUCCUGGUCUGGCCUUUAUAGCUUAUCCGAGGGCUUUGUCGAUGCUGCCUGCUUCAUCCUUCUGGGCUGUUCUCUUCUUCCUCAUGAUCCUCUUCCUGGGGCUUGACUGUCAGUUUGUGUGCGUGGAGAGCUUGGCCACAGCCCUCACCGAUCUGUUCCCACGUCACCUGAGGAGGCCGCACGCCAGAGAGCUGCUCGUCUUGGCCAUCGCUGUUGUCUGUUUCCUCCUGGGGCUGCCGCUCGUCACUGAGGGAGGCAUUGUCCUCUUUCAGGUGAUGGACACCUACGGUCCCAGUGGAACCAGUCUCCUCAUCAUUGCCUGUACUGAGACUAUUGUCAUUUCCUGGGUGUACGGUGCAGACCGUUUCUAUGACAACAUCGAGGACAUGAUUGGGUACCGACCUUUCCCCGUGCUGAAGUACUGUUGGUUGUUCAUCACGCCGCUCAUCUGUGUGUUCACGAUGCUGUAUAACCUGACACAAAGACAUUCUUUGGUGGUGUACGGUUAUGUACCCGGCACCUGGAGUGCCUUGGUGGGUGGGCUACUUGUCCUCACUCCACUGAUAUGCAUCCCACUAUUCAUUCUGGUCUCAUUGUGUAAGAACAACCAAAACAUGGCGACACCAUCCAGUGAUCUGCGUCAGGCUCGACCACACAAGCCAAUUCUCACACUGUUUAAAAUGGUCAUCUUCAAGGCACAGGCUCGACCAAACAGGAGGGAGGAUGAGAGAAGCGAGAAGCUCAUGAUGGAGGAACCCAGCGGCGUUUGAUGGUCACUGGAGAGAGACUGACCGACCCUCAGCAAACACUGCUGCAUGGACGGCCUCAUAGAGUUGUACGAGUCUAUGACAACAAACACUUUUUAAUCAUAUACAAAGUUUUCUAAGAGUUUACACCUGUCAUGAAUAUUCAGGGGAAUCUGUCUUGUUUUUUAGAAUGAAUAAUAAGGUAAAAGUAGUACAAUGUAGAUUUUUUUUACACUCUAUAAUCCUUUAUACUCUGAUUGCCUUAAGGUACUCAAAUUUCGCAUUAUAUUCCAUAAUAUUUUUGGACUUACAAUGAGCAAAAAAAAGUAUCAAGACCUGUGCCUAUCAUCUUAACUGUUUCAUGUAUUCUUUUUCAUAAAAAAAAAAAACAGCUGCUGCCUACAUUACCCACAAUGCAACAGUUCAGUCUGAGGAUUGUGUGUUGUGUUUGUAGUGCUGAUGUAGCGCUGAGCCUCAAUCGGAGAUGAAAGGAGUGAACUACAGAGGUCUGGGAAGAUGGGUUUCUUUCUACCUCCCAUUUUCAAACUCAGUCAGGCCCAACCGAUGUCGACUCAGUUGACUUGAGGCCCUUGCUCAAGCUUCAUGCAGCUCCCUCUGGAGCCACAGUGUAAUUCAGCUUUUUCUCACAUGAAGUUUUUCUUUCAAACACCUGUAAACAGAGUUGUGUAGCACAUGUAUAAUGCAGACAAUCUGUUACAUCCUUCAUUGUUGCUAUCAAUCAAUGCAAAAUUUGAACAUUUGUCAUUUUAUGUGAUGGUGCUGUGAUGGACGUUGAUAUUUGUACACUGCAUUGUUUACUUCUUACGUCAUUGACAUAAUCACUACAUUUAUCACUGAUGUAUGUCCAAACCAAAUGGGACCAAUUUUUCUUUCAGAAUGUGCAUGUCAUCUUUGAUUCAUUAUAUGUGUUCAUGCUUCAGUAUGGACAUUGGUAGUGCACUUUUUGAAUUUACUAAAGUAUCAGUAUGCUAACUA